GCCAUGCUCGGUCAGGAUGGCCGACGGCAUGGCCUCUAUCGCCGACGGGGAGUUCACGGCGGCUAUUUACGGGCUGAUCCGAGCCGGCCGCUUUGCAGAGGCGGUGGGGAUCUUGAGCAGCGAGUUGCAGAGGAGCUGCCGGUCGCGGGCCGGCCUGUCGCUCCUUGGCUACUGCUACUACCAGCUGCAGGAUUUCGCCGCGGCGGCCGAGUGCUACGAGCAGCUGGGGCUCCUCCACCCCGAGCUCCACGAGUACCGGCUGUAUCACGCGCAGGCGCUCUACAAAGCCGGGCUCUACGGCGAAGCCCUGCGCGCCGCCGUCCCGCUGCUCGACGUGGCGGCCUUCCAGAGCCGAGCCCUGCGCCUCCAGGCGGCGGCCCACUACGCCCAGGGCGACCUCUCCAGCGCCAAGGCCCUGGUGGAGUUGCAGCUGGCAACCGCCACCGAAAGCAGCCCCGGGGCCCCUGAGGACCCUUCCGAGCUUCCCGAUGCGGAGGUGAACAUGGGCUGCCUGCUCUACCGCGAAGGGCAGCACGAGGAAGCCUGCGGGAAGUUCGCCUCUGCCAUGCAAGUGCUGGGCUACUGCCCUGAGCUGUCCUACAACAUGGCCCUGUGCUGCUACGCUGCCAAGCAAUACGCCCCUGCUCUGAAGCAUAUUGCCGACAUCAUAGAGCGGGGCAUGCAGCAGCACCCGGAGCUGAGCGUUGGGACCAAUACCGAAGGCCUCGACGUCCGCAGCGUGGGCAAUACGUUGCUCUUGCAUCGGACGGCCCUGGUGGAAGCCUUCAAUCUCAAAGCUGCCAUUGAGUACCAGCUGUGCAACCUCCAGGCAGCUCAGGAGGCCCUAACAGAUAUGCCUCCUCGGUCUGAGGAGGAGCUGGACCCGGUCACUUUGCACAACCAGGCGCUGAUGAACAUGGACAGGAGAGCCACAGAAGGCUUUGAGAAACUUCAGUUCCUUCUGCAGCAGAACCCUUGCCCCCCAGAGACAUUUGGGAAUUUGCUGCUUCUCUACUGCAAGUAUCAGUACUAUGACCUGGCUGCGGAUGUGCUGGCUGAGAAUGCUCACUUGACGUACAAACUGCUCACUCCUUAUUUGUACAACUACUUGGAUGCUAUGAUCACCUGUCAAACGGCCCCCGAUGAGGCAUUUCAUAAGCUGGAUGAACUGUCAGGGGCCCUAACAGAGCAGCUCAGAAAACUGACAAAGGAGGUGCAGGAGUCUAGGAAAAAUCGAGAUGAUGACGCUCUAAGGAAAGCUGUGAAUGAGUAUGAUGAGACACUGGAGAAAUACGUUCCUGUCUUUAUGGCCCAGGCCAAGAUUUAUUGGGAUAUGGAAAACUAUCCCAUGCUAGAAAAAAUGUUCCAUAAGUCAGUAGACUUCUGCAAGGAUCAUGAAGUGUGGAAACUGAAUGUGGCUCAUGUACUAUUCAUGCAAGAGAACAAAUACAAAGAGGCAAUUGGUUUUUAUGAGCCCAUUGUAAAAAAACACUAUGACAACAUCCUUCAAGUUAGUGCCAUUGUUUUGGCUAACCUAUGCGUUUCUUAUAUUAUGACUAGUCAAAAUGAAGAAGCAGAGGAGCUGAUGAGAAAGAUUGAAAAAGAAGAGGAACAGCUUUCUUACCAUGAACCUGAGAAAAAGAUCUACCAUCUCUGUAUUGUCAAUCUGGUUAUUGGCACUCUUUACUGUGCCAAAGGAAAUUUUGAUUUUGGAAUUUCUAGAGUGAUUAAGAGUUUAGAGCCAUAUAACAAAAAACUGGGCACAGAUACUUGGUAUUAUGCCAAACGAUGUUUCUUGUCACUUCUAGAAAAUAUGUGUAAGCACGUGAUCAUGGUGCGUGACAGUGUCAUUCAAGAAUGCAUCCAGUUUCUUGAGCACUGUGAAGUGUAUGGCCGAAAUAUCCCAGCAGUAAUAGAACAACCACUUGAGGAAGAGAAGAUGCACAGUGGGAAGAACACGGUUACCUAUGAAGCUAGGCAGCUGAGGGCACUGAUGUAUGAAGUUAUUGGGUGGAAUAAGUAGCUGCCAUAGAAUUUAUAUUCAAAAUGGCCCAAGUCAAAAGAUCACUGAAAAGUGGUGAUGUAGUACACUUCUGUUGUAAAAGAUCCAACUGAAUUUGAAUUAACUUGGAAUUAUAGGACAGCACUUUUCAUCCGUUAAAAAAUAUUUUUAUUAAAUGAGCUUCCUUGUCAAAUGUAUGAUAGAUAUAUUUAACAAAAGUAGAAACAGAUUUAUAAACUUGUGUUGUGCUGUUCAAUAAGUAGCACUAUAGAAUGAAUGUACUAUGAGGGGUGGAUAAUAUAUCUUAUAUAUGCUAUAUUUUUCAAGAAGUUAUUUGACCACAAUAUUUCAUUUAAUUCAGGUUUGUAAGUAGCUCUUUGAAAAUACCAAAAGUACCUUUCAAAUAAGUAUUGGAAGUUGAAAUUAUCAACCUAAGUCAACUGCUAAAUUUGGUAAGGGCAGAAUAUUAUCUUUGAAAGAUGUCAAGCUUUUGAACAUUUUAACUUUUAUUGUUUAUGUAUGUUAAUGCUUUCAGGGUAAUGGGAGCUUUGGAUAAGUAGGCUUUCAAGUCCUAGUUUAAAGCAAUAAAAAGUUUUUUUUUAAGUAACAUCAUUUAAAUUUUACCAGUACAAAAAUGGAAACAAAUGCAAUAUGUAUUUUUCCACAAUACUCUCUGUAAUGUUCAGUGGAAGUUGAUUGUGUGUGCAGGGCAAGUAAACAUGGAUGCAGGAAGUACUAAGUAACUGCAUUUAUCUACAAAACAUUUUCCAAAUUUACCGACACCGUAUUUGCCACUAGAUGUAUCAGAUGGCUCAUUUCAGGGAAUGUACCACUAGUUAGUUGUUAUUCCUUCCUUUAGAGGUAGAAAUAUUUACUCCUUCCAGUUAUGGAGUUUACCAUGGCCCUAGAGACCAUGUCAAGUCUGCAUAAUUUCUCAUAGGGUUCAUCCCGUGUCUUCUAUCUUUUAAGAUUACAGGUAUGAUUAAAGUUCAAUCCUAUAAUGUCAGCAUGAAACACCUAACUCUCAUUUUCCUUCUUCCUUUGCUGGACAAAAAGUUCUAAAGAACUCAAAACAACCAUCUAUGCACCAUUUUGCCAGACUAAACAAAAGUUAUUGGUACUGUGGAUUGUAUUUUUCUUUAAUCAUUCAAAUUCAAGAUGAAGCUGAACAUUAUUACCAUUGUACAGCAGCUUGGAAAUCACCCUGAUCAUACAACAUGCUAAACGUGGCUUAAUAUAUCUGUAGUGGAUGUGAAUGUGCCCCAAGUGACACAGUAAACGGGUCACCUCUACCUUAUUGAUUUCCCUCUCUUUUGAAUGAUAUCCCAGAAACCUUUGAGCAAACUAGCAUGUUUUUGAUGUUUGGGUGGCACUCUGGACUGAUAAAAGGCAAACUAAGUGAUAACACAUCACUUAGUGUAUGUUUAAAAUAUCCCUCAACCAGCCUGCAUUUGUAGGACAUUCUCAGUCCAAUAAUGAUAAGGCUUACGGGUCACAUUGUGGAGUUAUAUGUUUGAAGCCAGUAAACUUACUAAUAUUCAGGUGGUGCCAGCAUUAUUUGAAGCCAUCCUAUAUUAAAUGUUUGCACAAUUUCAGGAAAUGUCUUGUGGAAUCCAGCCUUAUUCUAUAUGGAAGAGAACAAUAGAAAGUACAAUGUUUCAAAUUUACAGGAGAAUUGUAUAUUGUUCAAUGUAAACAGGACAACCUUUAUUGAAGGUUUUUAAAAGUCACUCCAUAUUUUGGGGGACAGAGUGCAAGCUGUGGGCAAUGAUACAAGAAGAUAGAAGAGCUUUGCUUAAUAUUCACUGUGUGCUUUCUGUAAAAGUCAGUGGGCAUUUAAAAAAAAAUCCUGGGCAUAUUUGUGGGGGUUCAGUUGUUGAAAUUUCUCGAAGCAAUAUGGUACACAA